GGAGGGGGGUGGAGAAGCAGAGCAGAUGGUGGGAAGGAAUGAGCGCCAAUAUUUAAGCCGCUGGCCCUUGUGCCUGGGAAGGACAGCAUGGAGUGGGGCCUAGCAAUUCUCCUGGCCCUGGGCUUGGGCCUCCUGCGGCCAGGCAGAGGCCAGCCCCUGCAGGUGGAGCCUCCGGAACCAGAAGUGGCCGUGGCUCUGGGCGCGUCUCGUCAGUUCACCUGCCGCCUGACCUGUGCUGGCCGCGGGGCCGCUGUGGUGCAGUGGCGCGGCCUAGACACCAGCCUGGGUGCGGUGCAUUCAGGCGUCGGCCACAGCGUACUCACGGUGCACAACGCCUCGCUGUCUGCAGCGGGCACCCGCGUGUGCGUGGGCUCCUGCGGGGACCUAACCUUCCAACGGACUGUGAAGCUCAUGGUGUACGCCUUCCCAGACAAGCUGACGGUCUCCCCAGCAACCCUGGUGCCUGGAGUAGCCCAGGAGGUGGCUUGUACCGCCCACAAGGUUACACCUGUGGGCUCUGAUACCCUUUCCUUCUCCCUGAUCCUGGGGGACGGAGAACUGGAAGGAGUCCAGGCCCUGGGCUCCCAUGAGGUAGAGGAGGAGCCCCAGGAGGAUGAAGACCUGUUCCACGUGACAGAGCGCUGGCUGCUGCCCCCACUGGGAACCCGCAUUCUGCCUGCCCUCUACUGCCAAGCCACCAUGAAGCUGCCUGGCUUGGAGCUCAGUCAUCGCCAGGCCAUUCCAAUUCUGCACAGCCUGACCUCCCCGGACCCAUUCAACACGACCACUCUGGAGCCCCCCAACAUGACCUCACCGGAACCCCCUGAUAUGACCUCUCUGGAGCCCCCUAACACAAUCUCAUUGCAGCCCCCCAACAUCAUUUCACCAGAACCCCCUCACAUGACUUCCCCAAAGGCCCCCCCCAAGCAGGACUCCAUGUGGACUUGCUGCUCUGAAAUCAACCAGGCUGUGCCCACAGAGGGAGGAAUGGCCCCCAAAAGCUCGCCCAGUCCGGAGCCUGGCCAGCCGUCCGCAGCCUUGUGGACUGGCAGCCUGGUGCUAGCGCUGCUGCUACUGGCCUUCCUCGCCUAUCGCCUGCGGAAACGCUGCGGCUGCCCAAGCCCUGGCUAAGGACUACGCUCACCCGCCAGCUUCUCUGCCGCGCCCCCUCCGGGAGUC